CCCUUUAAGGCUUGGCCUACGUGGCAGCCGCUAGAGCAGCCGCGGCUCAGCGAGGCCGGCCGCCGGGUACUUCCUGUGGAGGCCGCAGCAGGCGCGAGCGCCCAGGACCUGCCAGCUGAGCCUUCCGCCGCCGCCAUGGGACAGAACGACCUGAUGGGCACGGCCGAGGACUUCGCCGACCAGUUCCUUCGAGUCACCAAGCAGUACCUGCCUCAUGUGGCACGCCUCUGCCUGAUCAGCACCUUCCUGGAGGACGGCAUCCGCAUGUGGUUCCAGUGGAGUGAGCAGCGUGACUAUAUCGACACCACCUGGAGCUGUGGCUACCUGUUGGCCUCAUCCUUCGUGUUCCUCAACCUGCUGGGGCAGUUGACUGGCUGUGUUUUGGUGCUGAGCAGGAACUUCGUGCAGUACGCCUGCUUUGGGCUGUUUGGAAUCAUCGCACUGCAGACAAUUGCCUAUAGCAUUUUGUGGGACUUGAAGUUUCUCAUGAGGAACCUGGCUUUAGGAGGAGGUUUGCUGCUGCUCUUGGCAGAAUCCCGCUCAGAAGGGAAGAGCAUGUUUGCCGGUGUCCCAACCAUGCGUGAGAGCUCCCCCAAGCAGUACAUGCAGCUUGGAGGAAGGGUCCUGCUGGUCCUGAUGUUCAUGACCCUCCUUCACUUUGAUGCCAGCUUCUUUUCUAUUAUCCAGAACAUUGUGGGCACAGCUCUGAUGAUCUUAGUAGCCAUUGGUUUUAAAACCAAGCUGGCAGCUUUGACUCUUGUCGUCUGGCUGUUUGCCAUCAACGUGUAUUUCAACGCCUUCUGGACAAUCCCGGUAUAUAAACCCAUGCACGACUUCCUGAAAUACGACUUCUUCCAGACCAUGUCAGUGAUUGGAGGCCUGCUCCUGGUGGUGGCUCUUGGUCCAGGGGGUGUCUCCAUGGAUGAGAAGAAGAAAGAGUGGUAACACACAGAUCCCUCCCCUCCCUGGCUGAGGCACAAGGCCCUGGACUGGUUCAGGGUAGAGUCAACAAACUGCCAGUGUUUAUGUGUCCUUUUCCCUUCCCCUCCCUUGGUAAAGGCACAGAUGUUUUGAGAACUUUAUUUGCAGACACCUGAAAAUUGGAGGUAAAAUCUUUGGAAAUAGUCUGGAGUCUGACUGUCCAGGGCUGGCCAGCUGGAUGGUCACUCCUUAGCCAAGGCUUGGAGAAGACAGUGUGCUGGGCUGUGGCCUCAUUCCUCCUGUUCCUUUUGGGGAAGUCAUACUGAGCUGUACUUUAUCAUUCAAAGCAGUUUCCCUCCUUAGUUUUGAGUUUACAUCCUUAGCUCAAACUACUAAAUGACUUAGGAUAGUCCAGCCAAACACCAAACAAACGGUUAAACCUCCAGUUCAGAAUUCUACCAGUGGCCCCAGCACUGCUUCUGCCCCUGUAUUUUAUAGGAUCAGUGAAGAUGUUAGAGAAACCAAGUCAAGAACAGUACAGUAUUGGAAAGGUGGGUGUUACUGCCAGCCCAUGUCCUUGAUGUUAGCCAGCUGGAUGCUGUUUACUGGGUGAAAGGUACCUUGGGAGUUUCCAUGGCUCCAAGCAGGGAUGGGAUGGGGUAAGUAGCAGGAAGUUCUUAGAAAGCUGCUAUCCCUCAAGCUUGGUGGUGGAAAGGGCAGGAAAGCAGGCUGCUCACAGGACGGGCCCACACAACCACCAUGGAGCCAGCCCGGGGAACAGCGAUGCCAUGAGGCCCGGAAGUGAGGAGCCCCAGUACUCAAGACACCCAGGCUCAACCCAGUUACCUCACACUUGACCUUCUCAGAGCAAGGCCUGAACUCCACAGGUUGUGGUCCCCCAACCCCCAGCUUAACUCCCUGUUCCAGGCUGAGCUGACCCCAUCGACAGCCCUGAUGCCACCAUUCCCCUGAGGCUGUUGCUUGCUCAGAUUUUUGUCAACUUGCUCUGCUGGAUGCAGCCAAGAUACUUUUUACAAUUUGUGAUGCCUUACCAAUUUGAUCUCAGUCCUGUAUUUAAAGUUUUCUAACAUUGCCUU